UUUAUCCAUCCGGUUUCUUCGCGGGAUAUAUUUUCUGAAGAAAGAUGCCACCAAAAAUGAAAUUUGUUGAAGGAGAGAAGGUCCUGUGUUUCCAUGGACCACUUCUGUAUGAAGCAAAGUGUGUCAAGCAUGAAACUAAAGACAACAAAGUCAGAUACUUCAUCCAUUACAACGGCUGGAACAAAAACUGGGAUGAAUGGGUACCAGAAAGCAGAGUUCUCAAAUGUAAUGAUGCUGGUCAGAUGAAACAGAGAGAAUUACACAAAGCUCACCAACAACGAAGGCAGGCAAGGGCUUACAACAAAAAGCAAGAAAAAGAGAAAGAAAAGGAGAAGGAGAAGGAAAAGGAAAAAGACAAGGAGAAAGAGAAAGACAAGGACAAAGAAAAAGAUAAAGAAAAAGACAAAAAAGAAAAGGACAAAAAGGACAAAGAAAAAGAAAAGGAUAAAAAGGAAAAAGACAGAGACAAAGAUAAAGACCGAAAAGAUAAAGACAAGGAAAAAGAUAAAAAAGAAAAGGAUAAAGAAAAGGAAAGAGACAAGGAAAGAGAUAAAGAAAGAUCAGAAACACCAACUAUAGAAAAUCGUUCUAAACAAAGAGGAGGAUCCGUUAGCAGUUCCCAGUCCAGUACAUCAACAGGCAAACAGGAUUCCAGUGGUACAGAGACACCAGUCCCUGAGCUUAAACGCAAGAGGGCCAAGGCAGAUGUAGCCUCAGAAUCGACACCAGCAUCAGAGUCUUCUGCAGGAACUCCUGCUUCCUCAAAUCCUGACCAACAGAAACGGAAGCGAUUGCGAGCAGAACCCCAUUCUGAUUCCACUCCUGCCUCUACACCAACACCAGAACCUGCUGCACCUGUUUCUUCACUCAUUCCUAUGACAACAGCAGCCACAUCAACAGCUACUUCAGCUGCCACACCCACCACUGCCGAGCAAAAGAGGAAGCGUACAAGAGGUGCAGUUGAAGCAGUGGUUGAAUCGGAGGAAGCUUACCUAGCAAAAGUAGAAGUUAAAAUAAAGAUACCUGACGAACUGAAACCUUGGCUGGUGGAUGAUUGGGAUCUCAUAACACGUCAAAAACAGUUGGUGUCGCUUCCUUGUAAAUCAACGGUUGACAAUAUUCUGGAUGAGUAUGUCAGAAGUAAGACAACGAAGGGUAACACAUGUAACAAAGACGCAGUUAUUGAGGUAACCCAAGGAAUCCGAGAAUAUUUUAAUGUCAUGCUUGGCACACAACUUCUCUACAAGUUUGAAAGACCGCAAUAUGGAGAGAUAAUGAAGGAACACUCUGACAAACCUAUGUCUAGUAUAUAUGGAGCUGUCCAUCUUUUACGUCUGUUUGUAAAACUAGGUGGUAUGCUAGCCUACACUUCUUUGGAUGAGAAAAGCAUUCAACUUUUACUUACCCAUCUGCAGGAUUUCUUGAGGUACAUGCAGAAGAACUCCGCUGUUCUGCUGAACAUGAAUGACUUCAUUGUAGCACCUCCAGACUACCAUCGGAAAGCCAUUUUAUGAGGACAAUUGGACAAACCACUUCAGGACUUUAAACUUUCAGAGAAGGAGGAUGGAAUCAAUCAUUUGACAGAGACAUGUGUUAUCUGAACUGUGUAAACAACACAGUCUUAGACUUUAUUUGUCUGUUCGCAUAUCAAAAUUUUUCUCUUGUGAUUUGAGUUGUAAAGUGAAUGCUGCAGGAUGCAACUAUAAACUAUAAAGUUUUGCUUUGGGAAUUUUUAAUAGUGAUCAAAUUGAACUUUUGUUCAAGAUUUUGCACUUGACUUUUUAGCCCACCUUAUUCAGAUCACUCUUCAUCCAUCCCUCAUCAAUGCAUAAACAAUUUUUGUUAUCGCUAUUUCUUGAGAUGUUAUGGAUGGAUCUUUCUCAAAUUGCAUAUGUAGGUUCCCAUUGGUCCCUAGUUGUGCCGAUAGGCAGGGAUUUUUUCAAUGAAGAUUAUGAUUGUUAUUUCUUUUAAAAGUAAGGGAUGGAUCUUACUCAGAUUUAAUAUGUAAGUUCCCUUUUGUCCUUAGUUGUGUUCAUAUAAUUUUGGGUCUGAUCAGAAUAACAAAAUGGCCAAAAGGGAGCCAUCUUGGAUUUUGACUAUGAAAGUUUGUUAUUGCUAUUUCUUGUGAAGGACUAUAACUAAAGAUCAAAGAUCCCACUGGGAUUUCUCGUUUAAAUAGUGAUUUGAUCUUAAAAAUAUAUGAUGAAGAAUUUAGUAGCAAAUUCUGAGAAAUAAAAUCAUUUUUGAUAAAAUUGUAUUUCAUUUCAUUUACAAAAUGUAUAUAUCCUUAGUAGUAAACAAACAUGUAUCUAUAUACAUUCAUGAUCAAUAAAUGAAUAGUUGUAAAAGCUUUUACAUGUACCUGUUUUUACCCUACACACCUAAGGAAUCACAAUUUCAGUAAGAAUGAGUGAAGAUAACAGAGCAUUUAUGAUGGUAGUGUUUAUGAAUGUACUAGAAACAUGCUGUUCACUACUAAGGAUAUAUAUAUAUAUAUACAUAUAUAUACAUAACUAGUAUAUUUACUACCAUAGGAAACACAAUUACAUACAGCAUUGCCAUUUUAUUUCACAAGUAAAAGUUAUUUACUGGUUGUUUGAAGUCUACUUGAUAAAAAAUUGCACAAUUUUUUUUUUUCAAGUUAUGCCACUUUUUGUUUUGGUUUCAUGAUAAUAACAUAUAUGGGUUUCUUUUUUUUUGUACCCUGAAGUGUUACCCUUAACCAUCGUUUCAGCAUUCAAAGAUGAACCCUUAGAGAUAUUAAUAUAUUAUAGGGAAACUAGGGUAGUGGAGAAAUUUAGAAAAUUGAUAAAGUGAGGGAUUAAAGGGAUGUAUGAUAUAGUUUGGAAAAUAACGAUAUUAAUAUAAAAUGAUAUAAAAAUUAGGAAACCUAUAUCGGAAACUACUGGUAUGAGAAAAUUAUUAUGAAUGGAGAAUGGACAAUAAGAGAAAUGGAAGAGAGAUAUGGUCUUAGAUGUAGUUUAUUCUCCUAACAUUUCAGUUGUACUUCAAGAGUUUGCAGUUACUUUGUGAAAUAUUUCAGCAGGUUACUGGAAUUUUCGUUUUUUUAUUGUCAUGAGGAAAUUUUGUGAACGUGAGCAGUAAGUGUUGAUGUCUGAUUAGAAAGUCAAUUUACUUAUUUUCUUUUCAAGAAUCUUAACUAAGUUUCAAUAUUACCUUUGAAACUUGACAAUAUUUUGGAAAUAAAUCAUCUCCAUUCCAUUGCUACGUAGAGGUUUUACACACUGGAAGUACAUAAUUAUUAGAACAUAAUUAUCAACAUGUAUAAAAACUCUUUCUGGCGUUUAUCAGGGUAGAUAAAUAAACAUGUGAUUGGUGAUAACAUAGUAGAUGUACUUCUGAAGUGUAAACUUUGACCUAUAAAAACCUUGAAUUUCUCUUCUGUUUUAUGCAUUUUGUCAUCAGUUUGUUGUGUUGAUAAACAUAUUCAUCAAAGUCCUUCAUGGUUGUAUCAUGUAUAUUGAAUGUGUAACAUUAUGUUACUUUUAUUGUGUGGCCUGCAGAGCUGGUGGACACUUAGGGACCACUUUGUCCAUUGUCACGUGUCGGCGGCAUCCGUACGAAAGUUUUCCGGACUUUUUUCGAUAAUGCCUUGAGUUAUCAAAAUGAAAUUUAGUAUAUGGCUUCUUGUUUGAAGGGUACAGUUUAAGUUCAAUUUCCGGCUCUCUGUGACCCUUCUUGACAGAGUAAUGCCCCUUUGAACUUCGAAAAUUCUCUGGGAAUAUUGUUUUCCGGACUUUUUUCGCUUAUCCUUUGAGUUAUUGAAAUGAAAUUUGGUAUAGGGCUUCUUGUUGGAAGGGUACAGAUUAAGUUCGAUUUCCAGCUGUCUGUGACCCAUCUUGACAGAGUAAUGCCCCUUUGAACUUAGAAAAUUCUCUGGGAAUAUUGUUUUCUGGACUUUCUUUGGUUAUGCUUUGAGUUAUAGACAUGAAAUUUGGUGUAUGACUUCUUGUUGGAAGGGUACAGAUUAGUUUUGACAUCCAGUUCGAUUUCUGGGUGACUUUAUGCAGGCGACACAUACAGUUCCGAGGAACUCUUGUUAAAGAAAAUAUUAAAGAAAGAACAGAAAAAAUA